AUGCCCGCUGACACCAUGGAGAAACCGACAGCCUCCCCGAUUGCUGGUGCCCCAGCUACCUCCAGCCACACGCCGGACAAGCCCAAGAGUGCCAGUGAACACAGAAAGUCCUCCAAGCCUAUCAUGGAGAAGCGGCGCCGUGCCAGGAUCAAUGAGAGCCUGGGGCAGCUGAAGACCCUCAUCCUGGAUGCCUUGAAGAAAGAUAGCUCCAGGCACUCCAAGCUGGAGAAAGCAGACAUCCUGGAGAUGACGGUGAAGCACCUGCGGAACCUGCAGCGAGCCCAGAUGACAGCAGCUCUGACUGCUGACCCCACCGUCCUUGGCAAAUACCGAGCUGGAUUUAACGAGUGCAUGAACGAGGUGACCCGGUUCCUCUCCACCUGCGAAGGGGUGAACACAGACGUACGCACCCGCCUGCUCAGCCACCUCUCCGCUUGCCUGGGCCAGAUCGUGGCUAUGAAUUACCCUCCACCGCCACCCCCAGCUGGCCAGCCUGCUCAUCUGGCACAACCUCUGCACGUCCAACUUCCCCCAGCUGCCACCGCAGCUGGAGCCGUGCCUGUGCCCUGCAAACUGAACCCUGCCGAAGCCCUGUCCCCCAAGGUCUAUGGGGGUUUUCAGCUGGUCCCAGCUACCGACGGCCAAUUCGCUUUCCUCAUCCCUAACCCAGCUUUCGCUCCCAGCAGCGGACCCGUCAUCCCCCUCUAUGCCAACGCUAAUGGACCACUGUCUUCAGGCAGCGGGCCAGGGAACGGAGCUGCAACCCCGUCAGCAUCCCCAGUGCAGGGUCUGACGUCAUUUGGGGGUAGCUUAGCUCCAGCGUCCCAAGCUGGGAGUCCCAUCGGGGAACGCAGUGAAUCAGUCUGGAGACCUUGGUGA